ACGGCGCAGUGGCUGCACUUGGGCACUGCGCCCCGCGGUUGUCACUUCACGUUCUGUGUUUGCUAGCUCUAAAAAAAAACUUAUCUCGCUGUUUCGGCUGUUUUGCUUGUUUGUUUGUUUUUUUUGCUGAACAAAAGUGGAGGUAGGAAAACUCCAGGUACACCACAGGCCUGAUGUCUUGGCGCACGAGAUGAAACAGAACACCUUUAAGUCACUCGCUUACUGUUCGGGAUUAAGUUGGAAGUUGGUGGUGUUUGCCGAGAUCUCGCCGGCACAGGGUCACAGUGGUGGUGGUUUGCGGUGGUGGUGUGUACGGAACGCUGUGAUCCAUCCUUUCCAACAGUGGUGUUCGCGGUGGUGUUGUUUGCAGUGGUGGUCAGGCAGGAGCCUGCUUUUCGUCUGAACAAGCACAAUUCCAUACAUGUUUCUUUAUGGUCAAGGUGGAAACCAGGCUUGCACCUGUGAGUAACCCCUAUGCUAUCCUAGUGACGGAGAAGAUGACGAGGCUUGCCCUGUACCAGCCAGCAUACUGGAGUGUGUCUUACUGGGGUCUUGACAUCGUCAUUUUGUUUAGAAACAAGUUCUGAAGUUGCUGGAUCACUGCAUCCACAGUUUUCAGCUGAGGUUAUGCUUAAAAGAGAGUUUCUGCGGAGUGCUUUUAUGACUUGGUUUGUAACUUCACGGUAAAUGAGCUUCUUCGAGUAUCUAUUUGAUUACCACAUCAUCUGGAUCCAGAGAUCACUUUUACUAAAAUGUGGACUUCCAGAAAGCUUUGUAGCACUCAAAUACUGUUGUUCCAGAUGAAAGAAUGCCAAUUAUGUAGUUGCAUGUUUCCCAGAACUUGGCAAUUCUGGAUUGGAAUUCCAAGCUAUUGCACUUUAAGAGUGCCACAUAACAGAGUUAAAUUUCAGGUUUCCAAGAUAAAUGAUAAACAAUCAGUAGUUGAUAGAAAAAUGGCUACUAGUGCAGAGGGAACCGAAAUAGCUGUUGGAAAAAGUACCAGUGGAGUUUGUGAUGGAAGACAACAUUCAUUACAAGCCCAAAUGAGACACAUCAACCUGUCCUUUGCAGCUUGUGGCUUUCUGGGCAUUUACCACUUGGGGGCAGCAGCUGCUUUUCACAAGCAUGGUAAGAAGUUACUGAGAGAUGUGAAAGCUUUUGCGGGAGCUUCUGCGGGAUCUCUGGCUGCCGCUGUCUUGUUAGCAGUGCCAGAAAAUAUAGAGAAAUGUAAGCACUUUGCGUAUGGAUUUGCAGAGGAAGUCAGAAGAUUGAACUUUGGUGCUGUAACACCUGGUUAUGAUUUUAUGAAAACACUUAGGGAGGGCAUAGAGUCUAUUCUUCCUUCUGAUGUUCAUGAGAUAGCUGAGAACCGUCUCUAUGUGUCAGUCACUAACUCCAAGAGUGGGGAAAAUCACUUGGUUUCAAAUUUUGCCUCCAGGGAGGACCUCAUUAAGGUCCUGCUAGCAAGUAGUUUUAUACCAGUGUAUGCAGGAAUUAAGCCAGUGGAAUUUAAAGGACAGAAGUGGGUUGAUGGUGGCCUUACCAAUGGCCUUCCUAUCUUGCCUGUUGGAAGAACGGUGACAAUUUCCCCUUUCAGUGGUCGAUUAGAUAUCUGUCCACAAGAUAAAGGGCGUGUGGACCUGUAUAUUAAAUUAGCAAAGCAAGAUAUGAUGCUGUCUCUGGCCAACCUAGUAAGGCUUAAUCAAGCUUUGUUCCCACCAGACCAGGAGAAAAUGGAAUCGUUGUACCAAAAUGGCUUUGACGAUGCUGUACGCUUUUUAUUGAAAGAAAACUGGUUUGAGUAGACAGCUCAGAGAAAAUUAGCAAAACAUAAGGGAUGUCAAAACACACCUACAGGCAUCCUAGAGAAUCUCAGGGACUUCUGCCCCAGUUCCUGUUCCUGAAAAUAAACAUCCCAAUGGACUUGUGUGUGCUUCUGCUGAGAAAGUAUCAGUUGCACUCCACGGAGCUGUAUAAACAUGUCAGAACAGGAACUGGUUGUGCUUGGUGGUUGUCUUGUUUUGAAGAGGUUCACUUAGAUUCAUAUUGCUGCAGCUGGGGCCUUGAGUGUGGGAUUUGUAAAAAGCUUGUAAAAAGUGUCAUAAUUACAGAAAUUUGGAACGGUCUUUUUCAGUGUUGAGAGGAGAAUUGAUGUUAUAUAAUGAAAAAAUACCAUCUGUAUUAUUCACGUAACAGAAUUCUGUGUAUUAGUUCUGCAUAUUAAUUGGAUACUUGCAGUGUUAUUGAACUAAAACGUAACUUGCACUGUUCUAAAGGACUUGAAAAUUAAGUACUAGACACAAUAAGAUAAAACAUUCGCACUCUAAUGUAUUUUUUUCAUGGUAAAAGUUCUUUCUUCAGUGAGUGUCUUAUUUUAAAAUUUUAAAUACUACCUGAAUUUUUUAGCAGAAAUGUGAUAUAAAAAUAACUUGUAAAGAAGGGUGUAAAAAUUGUCAUAUUUAUUAUGUUUUCUCUUCCUCUGCCAAAACUGAAUAAAUAUAUUUUCUUGAAA